CGUGCUCGGCGCGGGCUCCGGAUCGCGCUCGUCCCCGCUCCCGGCUCCCGGCUCCGGUCCCUCAGCCCGCCCCGGCCCCGCGGAUCAGCGGCCAUGCCGCCGCGGCGCAGCAUCGUCGAGGUGAAAGUGCUGGACGUGCAGAAGCGGCGGGUGCCCAACAAGCAUUAUGUCUACAUCAUCCGCGUCACGUGGUCCAGCGGCUCCACCGAGGCCAUUUACCGGCGCUACAGCAAGUUCUUCGACCUGCAGAUGCAGAUGUUGGACAAGUUUCCCAUGGAAGGAGGGCAGAAGGACCCCAAGCAGCGCAUCAUCCCCUUUCUGCCAGGCAAGAUCCUGUUCCGGAGAAGCCACGUCCGGGAUGUGGCCGUCAAGCGCCUGGUACCAAUUGACGAGUACUGCAAGGCCCUGAUCCAGCUGCCCCCCUACAUCUCUCAGUGUGAUGAGGUGCUGCAGUUCUUUGAGACAAGACCCGAGGACCUGAAUCCCCCCAAAGAGGAGCACAUUGGAAAAAAGAAAUCUGGGGGAGACCUGACCUCGGUGGACCCCAUGGUCCUGGAGCAGUAUGUGGUGGUGGCCAACUACCAGAAGCAGGAGAGUUCAGAGAUCAGCCUCAGUGUGGGGCAGGUGGUGGACAUCAUCGAGAAGAACGAGUCAGGUUGGUGGUUCGUCAGCACCGCUGAGGAGCAAGGCUGGGUCCCCGCCACCUGCCUGGAAGGGCAGGACGCUGGGCAGGAUGAGUUUUCCCUGCAGCCUGAAGAAGAGGAGAAGUACACGGUCAUCUACCCAUACACAGCCCGCGACCAGGAUGAGAUGAACCUGGAGAGAGGGGCCAUGGUGGAAGUCAUCCAGAAAAACCUGGAGGGCUGGUGGAAGAUCAGGUACCAAGGCAAAGAGGGCUGGGCCCCCGCCUCCUACCUGAAGAAGACCAGCGGGGAGCCCUUGCCCCCGAAGCUGGGCCCCGGCUCGUCUGCCCCCUCGGGCACCCUCGACCUGGACGGCGUCUCCCGGCAGCAGAGCGCAGUGGCCAGGGAGAAGGAACUGCUCAACAACCAGAGGGACGGCCGCACCGAAGGCCGCAUGGCGCCCGAUGGCGAUGUCCGGCAGAGAUCACCAAAGAUGAGGCAGAGACCCCCUCCUCGCCGGGACAUGACCAUCCCUCGGGGUCUCAACCUGCCCAAGCCGCCCGUCCCGCCCCACGUGGAGGAGGAGUACUACACCAUCGCCGAGUUCCAGACCACCAUCCCCGACGGCAUCAGCUUCCAGGCCGGCCUAAAGGUCGAGGUGAUCGAGAAGAAUCUGAGCGGCUGGUGGUACAUUCAGAUCGAAGACAAGGAAGGGUGGGCCCCAGCAACCUUCAUCGACAAGUACAAGAAGACCAGCAAUGCCUCGAGACCCAACUUCCUGGCUCCCCUGCCCCACGAGGUGGCCCAGCUCCGGCUGGGGGACGCAGCGGCAGUGGAGAACAACGUGGGCAGCGAAGCCAUGGGCCCCUCCCGGCCCCUGCCUGAUACCCCGCACGGUGCCCUCGACUCUGGGAUGUCCUGGUGCAAAGACUGGAAGGGUGGGAAGGAGGCCCUGAGGAAGGCGUCCACAGACGCAUCCUCAUCGGCAGGCUACGAGGAGAUCUCAGACCCUGGCCUGGAGGAGAAGCCCAGCCUCCCUCCGCGGAAGGAGUCCAUGAUCAAGUCGGAGGGGGAGCUGCUGGAGAGGGAGCGGCAGAGGCUGGAGCAGCUCCGCGGCUCCUCGCCGAAGCCUCCUGGCAUGAUCCUGCCAAUGAUUCCGGCCAAGCACUCCCCGGCCCGGGACGGCAGGAAGCCAGAGCCCAAACCUGAGAAAAGCAAGUUAUUCCAGCUGAAGAAUGACAUGGGGCUGGAGUGCGGCCACAAGGUCUUGGCCAAGGAAGUGAGGAAGCCCAACCUCCGGCCCGUCUCCAAGUCCAAGGCUGAGCCCGAGGAGAAGCCAGAAGCCGUCCCCCAGAAUCCAUUCCUGAAGUCCAAACCUCAGGUCAGGCCCAAACCAGCUCCUUGCCCUAAGACAGAGCCACCUCAGGGCGGAGACCAAGUGGAUAUCUGCAACCUUAGGAGUAAGCUCAGGCCUGCCAAGUCCCAGGAGAAAUCCUCACUGGACGGGGAGAGUGCCCUGGCUGCUGGGGGCCAAGACAUGGCCUUCAGCCGAAGCUUCCUUCCAGGUGGGGAGGGACCUGGCCGUGCCCAGGAUAGGCCUGGCAGACAGGACGGACUCAGCCCAAAGGAGCUGUCCUGCAGAGCCCCCCUGCGGCCAGCCAAGACCACCGAUCCUGGGCCCAAGAAUGUGCCCGUCCCUGUCCAAGAGGCGACCCAGCAGAGACCUGUGGUCCCACCCCGGAGACCACCGCCCCCCAAGAAAGGCUCCUCCUCGUCUUCCUCCAGACCCCUCCCGGAGAUCAGAGGGCCACAGCAGGAAGCCAGCGAAAGCAGGGCGGCUGCUGCCCCCGGCCGUGCCCUCCUCGUGCCCCCAAAGGCCAAACCUUUCCUCUCCAAUUCCUCUGGGGGCAAAGGCGGGCUGGGGCCGCGGGCAGCUGGCAAAGCAGAGGACCACAGAGAGAGGGCAGCUGCGGCCUCCUUGCCCGACAUCGACGGCCUGAAGGACUCUUUGUACGUGGCCGUGGCCAACUUUGAAGGAGACGAAGACACGGGCAGCUUCCAGGAAGGGACGGUGUUCGAAGUCCGGGAGAAGAGCAGCAGUGGCUGGUGGCUGUGCCAGGCCGUCAGCGGGGCCCCUUCCUGGGAGGGCUGGAUCCCCUCUAACUACCUCAGGAAGAAGCCCUAGCGCCCUCCUGCCGGAGGCCCACUGCUGCCCACGUCCUUCCCACGUAUUUAAUGGCCUCUUAAUUUAUCCAACUCCACAAUUCAGCUCCUCCCCUGGGAGGCUGGAGAGUGAGCGGCUGACCCGGAGCCGGGUCUCCCCCUGUGGUGGCAUCCCAAAGGUGCACGCCACAGCCCCCGCUCCAUGGGGGUCCUCGCCAGCACCCUGCCUUAACAGACCUACUCCUCUUGACCAGUGGCGGUGACCCUCCCAAGCCUCCAGGAUCAGCUCCUGUCACCAGGAGGAGUUCCACGCUGGCUCCCCCAUUGCCUGGAGAGGCACAGGACGGGGCAGCUUGCCCGGUCCACCAUGACUUGCUCUGAUUCUCCAUGUUUCUAGAAGUCCAGGCGCUUUGCUCACUGUCUCCCAAAUGCCUGGUGCCAGGAAGAGUGGUGACCGGUGGGCAUCAGCUCCAUUGCCAGUCCCCAGGAAAGUGGCCUCUUCCCCGAGCCCCAGGCCCUCCAGCUUCUGAGGCCCCAGCAGAUGCCUCUCUCCCAGGAGGGGCCUGGAGGUCCACCAGCCACCCUGCUCCUGUCUUCUGCCUUGGACCUGAGCAGCGCCACAGGCUGGCCCUGGCCCCAGCACGCUUCACUUCCUGCUGCAGGCUCUGCGCCACCUGGGGCUCUUCAAGGAGAACUCCUGUCCCCUGCUUGGGACAUUUCAUGUUUGUCUUCCUAGGACCAGAGGCUCGAGUUUGUCUGGGUAAGGGUCCAUUCACAAGCCACACCCCUUGUGAGCACCGCCCCCUCCCCCAGUAGCCAACAGGUGCCAAAUAUGAGGUGGCACUUAGCACUCAUGGUUUAGUGCUCACAGAGACCUCCGUCACCAAGCCCAUUCAUAGAUGAGGAAACUCAAUUCAGCCAAGGACGUGCUAGCCAGGAAGAGAGGAAAGAGGAUUUCUGACCAGGCUGCCUGAGUUCCCCCACAGGGAAAGGCAAACCAGUAAGAUGGAGGGGGCCGCCAGGAGAGGUGGCCCCGUGGCUUCCUUGUGGUGUGAGCAGGGGACGCCUGCUCCCCCACCUGAUGUCCCUCUCAGGCCCCUGCAGCAUAUAUAGCAGGCUGCCCGGAGGUGAGCAGCUGCUGCCCCAGCUUGGGGGGACUGUGGGGUCCUGAUUGGCUGGCACAGACCCUAUUCCCUGCUCCUGUGCUGGUGCCCCUGAGGGGAUGAGGCCGAUGGGACAGAGGGAGCUGAGGUGGCCUCUCCCCUGCCAGCCACGAGGGGCUCUGGUGGCUCACAGGCCAGCAGCUGGGUCCCUGCAGAACGAAGCAUGGUGAUUAGGAGCCCAAGAAGGAGGCAGGCGCCCAGGACCAGGCAGAGGCCGCCAGUCCCUCUCUGUCCCUCCCUGCCGUGGCUUCCUGCUCUCUCUGGCACAUGGAGGAGAUCUUCCUGUGUGUACACCCCAGGAGAACCAGGGCAGCCUUCUACCAAUUUGACUGAAGAAGCACCAUUCUGCAGAAGAAGAAUCGGGACCCAGGCUUUCCAGCUCCCAUCCGAGAGAUCUCUUCUGUGUGCCGGCUGCUGGUGUGUGACGAGAGCCCUAGAACCCAGCCCACUGCCCUGCCCUGCCCCAGAGACCUCCGGUGCACAGCGUUCACCUGCUGCCACGUCCCAGUGUCCCUCUGCUAGAGGGAAUGCUUGCAUCUACCUGCCGUGCCAAAGAUCUGUGCAGAGAGCCUUCUUCUGCACCCCAGCCCCGGGCGGUACCCUGGGCUCUGGCCACUUCCACAGGCGUCCCACUCAGUCCACGGUGGCACGCCAGCCCUGCGUCCUUGGCUCAGCCUGAGCUCUCUCUUGCAGGGCUUGAUUUGUGCCCCAACCUGGAGGAAGGUGGCAGUGCGGAGAAAGGGAGGUGGGAGAGGACCACCCCUAUGUGAGGCCCUCCGCGUGGGAGGCCCAGCAUGGUUUUCCUGCGGUUUGGACCCUGUUGAUCAACUUGUUUGUGGAGCUGCUUUACGGGGUCUGACUACCUUUCCAAAGACACAGCUGACUGGUUUUCUUUCUGACUCGCCUCUGGUUUCAGUGACAUUUUCAGGCAUUUUGUAAGCACCUACUGCGUCUCAGACGCUGGGUAGACCAGGGUGUGGGGGCUCCAACACGGGCUGUGAAGAGCUCCACGCUUUGUCCACUGAAGGAUUAUCAGUGGCCUCACGUCCCUCUCCCACCGGGGUCAGCCAGGGGGACCAGACCUGCUCUGCCCUCCUGUGGGUAGGACAUUUUCCUGCAAGUCAAAGAACUUGCCUUUUAGACUAUUCUAGCGCUGAUGGGAACUGUGGCCGUGGAAGCCCCUUCCUCCAUGGUGGCUGUUCUUUGCUGGGGUCACCUCUGUGGCCUGAGGACUCCUGUGUCUGCUCACUGCUGCAGUGGUAGACAUGCCCCCAGGCAAGUAAGCUGCCUGGGUCUCUAUGGCAGAGACCCUCCUCGCUGUUCUUGCUUGGGGACUUAGGUUUACGGUAUCCCGGACGAUGCUCACUAGUCUGGGAGCAACUGACGAAGCUUAUGCAGAAUUCCCUGGAGUCUUGGCCGGGAAAACAUCUGGGGCCAUCAACGACACUGUGCCACAUACCAACAGGUCAACUCACCGGCUCUUCACCAUGUCCCCUCCUUUAUUCUCGAGACAAUCCUGCAAGGGGAACAGGAGCCACUCGUGCACAGCGAUGCAUGGAGGGUGGAGUCCCGUGCCCCACCUCAUGCAAUCAGUGCCUCACUGGGACUCAGGUGGGGGGCUUGCUCUUCCUCGUGCCCUGACCUUCCUGCUCCUUCAGAGGUGAAAUGUGCACUGGGCUCCCAGGGGGCCAGUCUCUGAAGUUAGCUGUCACCACCCCUUGGUCAAACAUUUCAAUAGGUCACAAGAGAAGUGCCAGCCAAGGGUGGGCACUGGUGGGUUUUUGCCUACUCACUUCCGCUCACUGCCUUGUGCCGGCCACUUUAUCUUACAAGCUGGGGCAGAUGUGCAGCUUGUCCUAGUGCCACCAAGUCUGAAAAAUCUGAAUUUGAGAACCACCACUUGUUAAAACAGGAUUUUGCUCCAAUUCUCUGCUGAGAAUCAGUCUUCACCAUUUGGUGACAUUGGCCUUUGUCCCAGGCUGAGACUUGGGGAGAGCUGAGCUCCAGCUCGAACCACUUUUCAUGCCCCCACCCUCCUAGGAAACUGCUAGAGCCACACCAGGCUUUCAGGGGUCAUUUGAGCCUCUGUCACAAGGUGCUGCAUAGAGUACGUUUCUAGGGCAAAGUUCUUAGCCUUAAAGUGUUUCUGAGCCCCCAGCGGUUUCAGUGCCAGGUGGAAAGUGGAGGAAUGAAUAGAUGUGCCACACUGAAGGACAGGCGCCAAACUGCCCAGGACUGGGGAAGAAUAUUGGGCCGAGAAUUGGACAGUACUUAUUACUAAGUACUUAUUACUAAGUGUAGUACUUAUUACUAAGUGUCCAUCCCUGAGUGGGCUACAGAGGAAACCACUCCUGCCCUCAAAUAGUUGGCAGCUGACAUGGUUAAGAAGAGGGCUGGGCGUGGCGCGGUGUGGAGUGCCUGCCUGGCACGUGCGUCCCACCCCAUCACUGCAGCAGCAACCCCACAACCUGACUGCCCUCCUUCCACUGUGCCCACCUCUUAAUGGGCACCUUGCAGCCUAGCCAUGGGUGACCUCUUUGUCCCAUCCUCUCAGGGCUCUUGUGUGCAGUGCAGACAGCCGUCCAUACCUUAGACCAAAGAUUCCCCAGCAGCAGCGGGACCUGGCCCAAGUGAGCAGGAGAUGGGUUUGCAGGGAGGCCUGAGGGUGAGGGCGCUCUGCUUCCCCUGGUAGGAACUGCUCCCACCUGGAGUAGGGUCCCCUGCAGAGCUGCAGAGGUCCAGCCAGGCUCCACCCCCUCACCUGCCCACGGACCACCCUCCGAGUGUCCCUCUGCCUCCCCCUGCUGCAUGGCCAUCCUGUUCUGGUGCUAGCCUGCAAGGCCUCCAGCCCCCCGUGGCUCAACAUUCUGCCUUCCUGAUUUUGUCUCUCCUGCGAAGGAAGCCUUCUUGGCCCCAGAGAGGGGGCUCAGCCUCUUUGGUCCUUGGAAGGACCAGAUCGUGCCAUAGCCGGUGGCCUUUGCUUUCAAUAUUGAAAAAAAAAGGCCCCGGGGCUAACAUAGCAGUAGCAAUUCUAAUGCAAUGGAGGAUUCUAGUCCACCCCAGCGUGCCUGGCUGUGCCUUGUGCCCAGUAACUAAUAGCACCCCACUGGGUAACUAGUAGCACCCCACUGAGACAGGACCUUGAGUUACAAGCCACGCCUUCUGCUCCAGGAAGCCUCAGGUCACUGGGUCACUUCUCAUCCCUCCAGGGCUCUGGGCAGCAUUGCCGCAGCUGGUGUCUCGUGGGACGAUGCUGGGGAUCCCUGGGUACCUCAACACCGCCCAUACCCUUGUGGAAAAGUGACAGGUUCCUUCUGACACAAAAGCAAACACUGAGUGUCUGAUGUGAGGGGCACCUAGCUGUAGCAUGCAGAGACUGUCACCUGACCAGUAGGCUUGUUCUUUGGUUUUUGUUUUUAAUAAAUAAAAAGUGCUUGACUGGUUUCAAGCCUCGCUGUGAGAA